GUCCCGGAAUGUGAAAAUUUUCAGAUUCUUGUAAUGAUAGUGGAGUUUCCGACCCAAUUGCAUUUUAUCACUGCUGGAGUAGAGAAUAAAUAAAAAAAUUGCCAAUUUUAGUGCCUUAAUGUGAACGUGCCAAGAAUAAGAAAAUGUUUUUCUAUGGUGUACGAGUUUUUGUAGGAAUUUUUACGACGGUUUGUGCUUUGUUUGGAGGUGAGUAGAAAAAUGCUCUGAUGACAUUCUUGGAAUUCCUUCACUUCUUGUCGGUUUUUCGAGUCUAUAAAAGCAUGGGCGGAAAAUUAUAGUAAUUAUAGCAUUUGUUUUAGCUACCUAUAUUUAUUGAUAUUUUAUACAGUGUGUUCAUAAAGUGACGUAACUUGCUAUUACUUCGAAUUAUGUUAGGUUUUUCAAAUAAUUCAGGCGAUCAAAAUGAGACGAUUAGAAAUAUACAGGAUGUACUAUUUUUAAAAAUGUACAUACUUUAUAUUGAAACAACCACUUCCUACCAACUUUACAGAAAUCGAAAACAUUACUUCAGAAACACGCUGUAUAUAGUUAAUCCAAAAUAAAUUAUGGGUAGAUGUAUUAUUUUUCAAUUUUUUAUAAUAAGCAUAAAAAGAAAAUAUACAAAAUAGAGUGUAUAUAUUAGAGUGUUUUUGCUCAAAAUUAAGAGCCUUUGCUUCCACAAACUCAUAAAUUUUGUCAAAAAAUAAUCCAUUCCAAAAUGACAAUACUUUUCUGAUGUUACACACGACUAUACCCCGUAUAAUGGACGUAAUGUCUUUUUGGCAUCUCCGUCACCCCUAACCGUCAUUUUUCUUUACUACGACGCAUACACAUUACCUUUCGUACCCUCUUUUAUACAAUCAUUCAACAUAAUAAAAAAUUAUUUGAUAGCUCAGAUUUGGUUUUAUGAUAUAAAGAUCUCAGGUUAGAAUCUGUAUCCAUACACUUGAUAAAUACGACCUAUAGGAUAGGUGACCCGCAAUACGUAUAAAAGUAGAUAUUAUGAGAUCAUUAACGGAUGGAAACAGCACACAAGAGAUUUGACAUACAUGACGGAUGACAUAUGCGAUAAUGACAUAAUAGUAGCGUUCCUUUUGCAUGAAAUCUCAGAUAACUUUAACUCAAAUUAGAGGAAUUGAGAUAUUUACCUCCCCCUUACGGAUGCAGCACCAAUUUUUUGUUUUAUUGAAAAUUAUGACGAUGUAUGUACUUGUUUUUGGAUUAGUGCUUAGUGAUUAACAUCGUAGUUAAGAUUCGCGAAUAGUUUUCAUUUUACUACUUUUGCAUUGAUUAGUGCAUGUCUCAGUUUGUCAUUCCAUUUGACCCACCAUAUCAAAGUGAGAAUAGGUCAGCUGAUAUUCUCUGCUCAAUUUGAAACAAAUCAGAUUUUUUGGAAAAGGAAAGCUAUGAAUAAUGGUCGAUGACAAAUUACAAUGACACCCAAUAUGGCUGUCUCUGAUGACAGAUGUGAACACCCCCACCACUUCUAUUCUUAGCUAUUCUAUUAAAGAAAAUUUAAUGAGUUACAAUAUACAAUAAUAAACCAAUCUACAUAUAUUAUGAAAUUAUGCUUUUCGUUGAAACAGAAGAAAUUUUGAAGAUUUAGUGACAGAAAAUUUGUCGACAACUAGGGAUACUCUAAGAAGAAAUUGAUAAAUAAUUUCGAGGAUAGCCUCAAAUGUAUGGUUAUCAUUGAAAUAUAUCUGGCAACGUCGCAAGGAAAAAAUUACUGAAUUAUAUUAGCUUGUUAUACAAUAAUAUUUAGAAAUAAAUAUUAGAAAAUAAGGGUAUUUGUUUUUUAGGAUAUAAAAAUGGCGGAAAAGGAAUUUAGUUCCUAUAAUUCACUUUUUAACAUUAAACAACAAUUGUUUUACAUCAUGUAUUCAAUUGUCAUUUGAAAUACAGCAAUGCGUAUAUAGGUCCGGCUUUGAUAGUAAAAUGACCAUAUUAGAAUAUUUUGUUUUCUUGGCAUUUUUACAAAAAAGAAAGAAAUUUAAGUAUUGUAAGCGACCUACAUUUUUAACCUUGGCAAUAAGCCAUUGAAAAUCAUCAAUAUACGUGAUAAAUGUAUCUAACCUAGUUGCUUAUCAAAAACACCUAUCAGAAAUUUACAUUUUCUGUCAAUAUUUGCUUCAAAAACUACUCCAAAAAUACAGAAUUUAUUAUAGUUAGGUUAGUUAUAAUAAAAUAUAUACUUUUGUAAUAUAAAUAACUAUUCCUCACAUUAAAAAUGAAUAAUGGGAAUGUACAACGUCAUAUUAGACACUAUUUUACAUCUACAUAGAAUCUUGGGAAAUAAAUUGAGGUUAGCUGCUCGAUGUUUUAAAGAAGUUAAAAUUAAAGUUCCUCCAGCGGUUUUAAAAGGACACGAAGUUGUACUACAAUGUACUUACGAUUUGGAAGGUGAUAAGCUUUAUUCUUUAAAAUGGUAUCAUAACUCUGCAGAAUUUUACAGAUAUACAUUAACAGGUGAGAGUUCCGUAAAGCCAUUUAAACUGAAAGGUUUUCACGUGAUACCCGAAAAAUCGAAUGCCACUCACGUUUAUCUGAAGCACGCCACUAGAGCGAUGAGCGGUCAAUACAGUUGUGAAGUAACCGCGGAUCAACCAAGUUUUUUUACUGAUAUGAAAACGGCGGUAUUAGAAGUCGUCGAUCCGCCCGUUAACGAACCCUAUAUAAGUAAUGUGAAAUCAAGAUAUAAAGUUGGUGAUUAUUUGAAAGCGAUUUGUAGUGCAGAUAAAUCAGAUCCGGCAGUAAACAUGACUUGGUAUUUGAAUGGACGACCGGUUGAGGAGCCGUACGUUAAGAAAUACAAAAAAACAGUUGAAGGAAAUUACAUAAGCUCCCAUUCGACCAUACAAUUUGCUGUUACUGAACAACUAUUCGAUAGAGGGAAAUUGAGGCUACGCUGUUCAACAAAUAUACACGAUGUGUGGCAUAGAAGUUGUGAGAGAACCGUAGAACUAAAAAUGGAGGAUGAUUAUGCUGCUGCUUAUUUGCCUACGUCGACUACAGAGUUUUAUCACGAAAAAUUUUGGUUGUACGUAGCUAGAGAUAAUCCAGAAGCAACAGAAUGGACUGUUACCAACUCCAAUAGUUCUACAAAUUCGAUACGAUAUAACAGUGCAAUAAUUUUUGUUACUAUUAUUAUUUGUAUAAGGUGAUGGUUUUAAAUUAAACCAUAGGGUAUGUUGUUCUUCCGAGAUUCAAAAAUUUUUUAAUAUUGUCAAAUAUGGCAAUUAAAACAAUUAAAAUCUGGUUCGAACAUACCGAGUCUAAUUCACUGAAUAAACGAGAGUACUAUGAAUAGAAAUCCUUUUUUGAAUAUAGAGGUAAAUCUUACAUUGAUUUUUCUUUUCAAUUUAUUCGAUAAAAUCGAUUUUAUAAACUAUAAUAUGCCAUAAAUUGAUCGCUCUUCAACUCAAAUAUGUAUGCAGGAUUCAAGAAAGCGAUUAAAUUUAUUUAAUCUGAAAUAUAAUAAAUUUGAUAUGUUGAAUCGCUUCUGGGACAUGCUGUACAUAAUCCAAUGCAAUAUUUAAAAUUAAAAACCGGACCUGAACGAGUAUACUUCUUCUUAAUAUGAAAAAAUGUUAAAGUUUGCCUACCAGAGUCUUUAUAAAGACAGUGACAAUCAUGUGAAUUAAUUAUAAACUUAAUAGGGGAAAAUUAUGGUGGAAAUUCUGGUGCAUUAGUGAAGCCAGUAAAUUACAUCAUCUUCCUGUGAUUAUCUUCUAAAAUCCAUCAUCUUCCAGUGACAGUAAUUUGAAUAAGUUUAAGGGGGAGGGGGAAUUGAGGAAACAAACCAGGUGCAUUAGUCAAGUCAUUACAUUACAUUAUCUUCCUGUGAUUAUCUUCUGAAAUUCAUCAUCUUCCAAUAACUAUAAUUUGAAUUUAUAAUAAACUUAGUGGAGGGAAAUUAUGGUGGGGAACCUGGGGCAUUAGUUGAGCUAUCACAUAACAUCAUCUCCUAAAAUUCAUCAUUUUCCAGUGAUUUAUUAUAAAUUUAACAGGGUGAAAUUAUGGUGGAAAUUCUGGUGCAUUAGUGAAGCCAGUACAUUACAUCAUCUUCCUGUGAUUAUCUUCUAAAAUUCAUCAACUUCCAGUGAUUAUAAUUUGAAUUAUUGAUAAAGUUAAAGGGGUGGAAUUAUGGUGGAAAACCUGGGGCAUUAGUUGAGCUAUAACAUAACAUCACCAUCUUGUUGUUAUCUUCCAAAAUUCAUCAUCUUCCAGUGACAAUAAUAGGAACUUUUUAAUGAUUUUACUUACCUAAAGAUUUGUUGAAUCCGGAAAGAACAAAUCCCAAAAAAAUAUUUAAAUAAAUGUUACAAAUAUUGAAUUGUGAUAAUAUUUUACCGUACUGUAUUCAUUGAAAAUGCCAAAGCUUCAGAUUAUAUAAAUAAAUGUAUAUUUAAAUAAUUGUGAGAUUACCAAUGAAAAAAAUAUGUAAUUUUAUUUAAUAAAUACUGCUGGAAUA